AAUCCAUCUGAUUUACAAGCCUUCUUUCAGGAAGCACAAAAAUUCCACUUGAAUGGUAUCUUUGAACUGUUUUGGCAGGACUGGGUAAUCAUAGAUCCGUCCUGCUUCUUCACACCCAAGACACUGCAUGUCCUUCAUAAGGAAUUUUGGGAUUAUGACACAAAAUGGUUAAUCUUUGGUGUUGGGGAGUCAGAGAUGGAUUUCUGUUUUUCUGUUUUGCAGCCUGUCACUGGUUUUUGGUGUUUUGCAGAAGGGAUCAUGAAACUCAAACAGGUUAUGGGGUGCUGUCAAUGA